GUAACUGUCAUCGGAGAAAGGCUUCUUCGAAGGUGAUCCCGGAGUGAUACAUGCCACAGGAUGUAUAUAUAGCGCCCUCUUCCGUUAAAAUUAGCGUAAUGAAUGUCGUCGAUUCUCCCUAUACCGAUAGCUGAUAUCCCCCCGUUGGGAACAACUCUUGGGGCGAUUUAUGUCGGAGCUACCAUAGGAGCCGUCUUCUAUGGGAUAACCAUUCUGCAGACCGUCAUCUACUACAAGCAAUAUCCUAAUGAUCCAUGGCUCUUUCGAUAUUCUAUCGCCUUAUUGUGGAUCCUCGAUACGCUUCACGUUGCGAUAAGCACUCAUGCCUUGUACUUCUAUCUUAUUGAUUCAUUCGGAAAUUAUUUUCCUCUGUUUGGGAUCAUUUGGAGUUUUCCAUUGCAACUCUUAGUAAAUAUGUUAAUUGUGGUUGGCGUGCAAGCCUUAUACGCCGUCAGAAUAUGGAAAUUUGGUCGUAAUUACCAUGUUGUCCUACCAUGGUUCAUUUUUCUUGCUGUCGCGGCUUCCCUUGCUACCGGAAUCUAUGUUAUUUAUGAUACAUACACCUUAUCAAGCUUUUUCCAAAUCUCGACCAUUAGCACAUCCAUUUACGUAGUCUUCUCUACACUCGCAGGAGCAGAUUUCAUCAUCGCUACCACAAUGUGCUAUUACUUGCGCAGGGGCGCGUCAAGAACCAACUUCUUCGAUACGACAAAGAUCAUUGUGGGAUUGAUGCGGCUUGUCGUGAUAUCUGGUCUGGCGACGAGUGCAUGUUCGCUUUUUGUUCUCAUCGCGUACAUAGCCUGGCCAAACAGUCUCAUUUUCAUCGCCGUUGAUUUUAUUCUACCGAAGCUCUAUAUAAACUCCUUGCUCGCAAUGCUCAAUGCACGCAAUGCGCAAAUGAAGCCAGGAACCCAGGGACGCCCUAUUGAUGGUUCGAAGAUCCUCAGGUUUGCUCCUCAGAUCUCCAGCAGCGCGCCAAGCGAUUCAUUAGAGACAAACAUCGAUAUAGCGCUUUCCGUAAUGGAAAGAAGUCGUUCGAAUGAUGGCACCGAGAAUAUGAUGUUCGCUUGAGAAGUUACCAAUUGACGAAGUGGGCGUAGGCUUUUCACAGUUGUAGUAUGUAGCUAACUUUUCCUUAUCGAGCCGCCAUUCUAUCUCGAGUCUGCGAGGGGUUAUAAUGUGAGAGCUGAGUCACUGAACCGCCGAAAGCGGAGAUAUGAAGACGA